AUGGAAAAAUAUUAGAAUGAUUUCACAAAAAUGAUAUAUGAGCCCCCAUAAUUGAACAUACUCUAUAAAUAAAUGGAAGUUAAACUCCAAAAUAAUCCAAUGAAAGAAUAAAUUCUUUAAGAUUUAGGAGAAAAUCCAACCGAGAUUGAUAUUAAGUACAUAAGCUAUGUCACAAAUAUCCCAGCACCAUAAAUUAAAUAGUGGUUAGAAGAAUCCUAAAAAUCUGAUCUAAGCAUAGAUAUCGGUUCCAAAGAAUGUCUUUUUCUUGGAAGUAGAAAACCAAAGGGAAUAAAGAGUGUGAAGAUUAAAAUUGAAACCCACCAUAACACUUUUGAUUAACCUCUAAAUUAACAAGAAGAGUAGAAACAAAUAAAUGAAUCGUAACUUAAAGAUAAUAUCUAUAAAUAGACUUAAAAGGAAGCAAAAAUAAAAUAAAAGAAUCAAUAAAUUAUUCAAAAGCAAAAACUAAACUAAUAAAUUUAGGAACCAGCUUUCAUUGAACUAAAAACAACAUCUCCAAUUAUUCGGCAAGAACAAAACCAGAUUAAGAGCUUAAUAGAAAAUUAACCUCUAUAAUCUGAUAUCAAUUAAGAAAAGCAUGCUUAAAAUAAAAUCAAUCACUAAAAAAAUUAAACUAGCAUUACAUUAUAAAUCGAAGAAUAAAAAAAAGUAUAUCAAAAAAAUGAACAUUAAUUACUCUAAGAUAAGAAAUCGAUUGCACCUAAAUUGUUAAUUUCAAAUAUUAAGGAAAAUAAUCAAAUCCCAUUAGUGUAAUAGUCUGAAGUUCCUACACUUGAUAUAAAUCAAGGAUAAAAUGAAAAACAAAUGGAAUAGAAUAAAUUCGAUAAUAUAAAUAAAAAAUAUACUCAACAGAAAAUAAAAUAAAAAGAAUAGAAACCAAAUUAACUGAUUUCACAAAAUUAAUCAGAAGAUCAAACUGAUAUUGCUCGAGAUUUUGAAAAGAAGUUAGCUUAUCUUCGAGAUUAAUAUAAUGUUAGACACAACGAUGUAAACUCAAAGGGUUAAAAGUAACAUCGAUCAACAUAAAUUGAAUAUACUAAGAAAAAUCUUGAAAUCUAAAUGCUACAAAAUAAUCAAUAAGAAUAAGAACUUUAACCGAUCUCAAUAAGUAGUAGUCGAAGUUAAUAAUAAUAUUAAUAAUAAUUGUAAGAUUAGCCUUAAAAUUUUUUAAAAUAUUAAAUUUUACCUACUUAGGAUAAUAAAUUGGAUAAUACAUAAAAUCUAUAAUAGUAACAAUAAUAAUAACAUUAGGCAUCAAAUUUAUCAAGGUAGUAAAAUCAAUAAUUCAAUAAAUAAAAUUGUUUUGAAUACUAACACUUAUAAUUAUAAAAUGUAAAUCAAGAUUAAAGACCCUUAGGAUAAUAACAAUGUAUUUAAUAAGAUAACCCAUAUCUUGCUUAAGGGCCUGUUAUCAAUCAAGCCUAUUAACCUUCUUAAUAAAAGCACCCAAAAACAGCAAUUAAUAAUGCAAUUUAAUUUGGGUAUAAUUAAUCAUUAUAUUAAAUACCUGCCUAAACUUAGGAAUAAAACUACUGUUAGUAAUAUUCGUAUUAUGAUACAAAUAUUUUACAAAAAUUGCAAUAACGUUUAGAUAUGAUGUUUUUAUCAUAAAAUACGCAUCAAUUGACUCUACUAUAAAAGCUUGACUAAAUCAUAAAUUUAAUUUAAAGACCACAAAACAAGAAAUGA